AUGUUACUACGUCCAUGCUUAUCAAAUAAAAAUAUAGUACAACCGCAAUUACCAUUGAAUGAUGAUACAGUUCUCUAUAAUAAUACCAACAAUAAUUCUCAUUUGGAAGACACCAGUAACAAUAACGAUAUUCAUACAGCACAAAGAAAAAAGAGAAAACAUAGGCAUAAGGAUAAAGGACCGAUAUCUUUAGCUAUUUUGACGGAGAAAGGAAUACUGAUCAAAUCAAGGAAACCAACAACAUCUGAACUGUCCGAGAAAGAGUUGGGAAGAAUGUCAAAGGAAUUUUCGGCAAGUAGGACGAGCAUUUCAAGUAGUGCUACGAGUUUUAGGAGUAGUGUAGACAAUAACAGUUCUUUUGAAACCGCAUCAUUGAUCAGCUGUGUUACAUGUUUAAGUGAUGACGGAGACGACGACACAUCUUCAAAUUCUUCGGUAGACACUACAAGCACUCAAAACCAUAAAUUUAAAACCGAUAUUAAGAAUUCAAGGAAGAAUUCGACUAACUAUAGUUCAAUGAAUGGUCAAUUCCCAACAAACACAGUGAUAUCCUAUGAUAGAAUCCUAAAUGCAGGAUCUGUAGAAAACGAAGAAAGAAUUAAAACAAUACCAGUUCAAAUGAGCCGUCUUCCUAACCAGCAUAUUAUUGAAAUAACAUUCGCAAAACCAACUAGGCACGAUGUCAAACCCAAAUCAUUGACUUUGGUCAUUGAGAAUAGUGGUACAAAACAAGAAGUAAUAGAAAAAAUUUUAAGCAGGAGUUACAGAAACUCAAAACGCCAAAGAUCCAUACUGGUCAUCAUUAAUCCAUUUGGAGGCAAAAAAAAUGCAAAAAAAAUAUUUAAGAAGAAAGCAAAACCAUUACUUCUUGCUAGCAAUUUUAAAGUCGAUGUAGCUUAUACAAAAUAUCCAUGCCAUGCUGUAGACAUCGUCAAAAAUAUAGAUAUAAACAAAUACGACACAAUUGCAUGUGCAUCCGGUGAUGGUAUCCCACAUGAGGUAAUUAAUGGGUUGUUUCAAAGACCAGAUCGUGUUGAAGCGUUCAAUAAGUUAGCGAUAACAGAAAUACCAUGUGGUUCUGGUAAUGCCAUGAGUGUAUCAUGUCACUGGACCAAUAACCCCUCAUAUGCAACUCUAUUUUUAAUCAAAUCUGUAGAGAAAAGGAUCGAUAUUAUGUGCUGUAGUCAACCAUCCACAAGGUCAACAUUCCCCCGUUUAUCAUUUUUAAGUCAAACGUAUGGUAUAAUUGCUGAAUCUGAUAUCAAUACGGAGUUUAUUAGAUGGAUGGGACCUGCUAGGUUUGAAUUAGGUGUAGCUUUUAAUAUCUUACAAAGGAAAAAAUAUCCAUGUGACAUAUAUGUGAAAUACCAUGCGAAAAGCAAAAACGAUUUAAAAUCUCAUUAUCUUAAGUACAAGAGGAAAUUAGAAGAUACCGAAGUAGAUAUACUUGAGAAACCUGAAUUAACAGAACCUGAGAUUAGAUAUAUUGGAGAUGAUGAUUAUGAAAGCGAUAUAGAAUCUGACGAAACAUCAAUAACCAAUACUUCUGACAAUCUUUAUUUGACUAACGCAAUAACGAUACAAGAUGAAACGGGUUCAACUGAGACUGAUAUUAAUAAUUUUGUUACAGAAAGUGAUUUCCAAUUGAAAUAUAAAUUCGAAAAUGGUGUUCCCGAUGAUUGGGAAAGAAUUGACCCACAUGUUACAAACAAUCUUGGUAUAUUUUAUUCAGGCAAGAUGCCCUAUGUCGCAGCCGAUACAAAAUUCUUCCCUGCUGCAUUACCUUCCGAUGGAUGUAUGGAUAUGGUUAUUACAGAUUCUCGAACACCAUUCACAAGGAUGGUUCCUAUUUUAUUGGCUUUAGAUAAAGGAUCACACGUCUUACAACCUGAAGUUCUUCAUUCUAAAAUUUUGGCAUACAGAUUGAUCCCAAAAAACUCCGACAAAGAAAUUAGUAGUAAUAGUUAUAGGGAGGGUACACCAGAUUCUGCUGAUAAUUUUGAUGACAUUUCAAGUCCGAAUGGGCUCUAUUCCAUUGACGGGGAAAAAUUUCCUUUGGAACCAUUACAAGUUGAAAUUAUGCCAAAAUUAUGCAAAACACUUCUAAGAGAUGGCAAAUACGUGGACACUCAAUUUGAUAAGAUGUGA